GAAAAGACACUAGGGAAAUACCACUCCAGUCAGUUUCACUUUCUGGAUUAUCUUUGCAUGCGCUUUUAGCGGCAACAAAUUUUGGCGCCCUUGCCGGGGAACUUUUUCUAGUUGUGUGAAAAAGAAUUAUUUUCUUGUGUUAUUUUAUAUUUUUUCCUACCUUGCUUUUCACGAGUUUUUACUGUUUUUUUUUUAGGAUUCCUUUUAUGAAUCGACCAAAUACUAGAUGUUACAAAUGAAAACUUGAAGAAGUUGUCUACGAGACAGUGAGCAAUCCCUCUGAAGUCGGAGAUAGUGAGACAGAAAUUGAAGACAAUAAGGAGGUGAAGGAAGAAGAGACCAUCAUGGCAGCCCGUCAAAGAACAAAGGCCGAUUUCGCUAAACCAAGCGCAUUUGGUAUUGCCUGCAGCAUUACCAGACCACCCAUCACAACAGCAAACUUCGAACUACGCCAUAGCACAAUCCGGAUGGUGCAGAACGUCGGUCAAUUCGAAGGAAAGGACGAUGAAAACCACGUACAUCAUGUACAAGUUUUUCUUGAAAUUUGUGACUCCGUCCAACAUCAAGGAGUCACAGCAGAUGCUAUCACGUUAAGACUUUUCCCUUUCUCACUUUGAGGAAGUGCUAAGUCGUGGCUUGACUCUAAAGCACCAGGAACCUUCACCACCUGGGACGAUCUAGCACAAGCUUUUGUGGAAGAUAGACGAAAUCAAGGAAAGAAUAUCUCACUUUCGCCAGCGAAGUGGAGAACCACUCUAUGACACUUGGAGACGAUUCCAAGGAUUACUUCAUUCAUGCCCUCACCAUGGGUUCAGACAAGAGCAGCUUGCCAACAUUUUAGGAAAAGGUCUAGAUGAUGCCACAACAAUCCUCAUCAACCAAGCAGCAGAUGGUGAUAUUACUCAACUAACAGCUGAUGCGGCCAUGACACAUUAUUGGGCAAGAAGAACUGCUCCUCGCCCAGUUUCUGUAAAUAAUGUCCAAGAGUCAUCUGACUUUCAGACAGCAAUGAUGCUACAAAUGGAGGCAAUCACCCAACAACUUUUUGAGUUGAAGACUUCCACAAUCUCACCACCAGUAGCUGAAAUCUUUGAGUCUGAUUGGUGUGAUGGAAAAGAUCACAACAGUAUAGACUGCCGCAAAUUUGGUCGAUCUCGCAAAGAAAAGGUUGACUACGUGGGACAGGGGUACCGAAAAAAUCGUUAAGGAGGGUUCUUCAACAACAACAACAACAAAUAUCAACACCCAUGCGGAGCACCUGCUGCAGUUAUUCGUCCACACUUUGGGAAAAAUCCUCCACAACAACCAUAUCCGAAUCAGCGGCCCCAGCCCACUUACUAUAAUCCCAACAAGGAUUUUGAUAGAAGGCCACAAAAUCAAGGCCCACCAGGCUAUCAAGCACGACCUCAAUAUCAGGAUCAAACUAGUGGAGCCUCUAACAACCAAACAGAAGAUAUGAGCAGAGUUGAUAGGCUCGAGAAGCUCAUGUUGGGACAACAAGCAUCCAUCUCCAACAUUGAAUUAAAAAUGACCAAUCUGGCCAAGAUGUUGAGUGAAAGACCCUCUGGCACUCUUCCCAGCAACACGAAGAAUAAUCCCAAGGAGCAACUGAAGGUUAUAACCCUUCAAAGUGGGAAAUAAACCGAGCCCAUACCUAUGAAGAUCACAAAACCCAGUCUACAUUCUCCAAAGAAGUCAGCCAAAAAUGUCAUAAUGGAAGCCGACCUGCAUAACAAGAAGACCGAGCUAAAUCCCUCAUUUGUGCCAACUCUGUCACCAUACCAACCAAAAGCUCCUUAUCCUGCCAGAUUGAACACGCAGCUUAGAGAUGCAACUUACCAAAAGUUUAUGGAUCUUUUGGAUAAGGUGCAUGUCAACAUCCCCUUCAUUGAAGUCGUCUCCAAAAUGCCUCAAUAUGCCAAAUUUAUGAAGGAGAUUCUCACAUACAAGAGAAAGUUGGGAGAUGUGGCUUCGGUUGUCCUGAAUGAAGAAUGCUUUGCCAUAAUACUCAACAAGAGUCUACCAGAAAAACUCAAAGAUCCAGGAAGUUUCACUUUACCAUGCAUCAUCGGUAAACUAGAAGUGGAAAGAAGUUUGGGCUACCUUGGAGCAAGCAUUAAUGUUAUGCCAUUUUGCCUCUAUCAAAAACUUGGGCUAGGUGAGCUCAGUUCGACCAAGAUGACUAUCCAGCUAGCAGACAAAUUCACGUGCCACCCCCGCGGCAUCCUGGAAGAUUUGCUCGUGAAGGCGGGACCAUUUGUCUUCCCAACAGACUUUGUGAUCAUGGAUACCGACGAGACUGACGUUUCGCUAAUCCUUGCAUCACAUCACAUCACAUUUGUCACCCAUUGCCUUGCAUCACAUCACACAAAAACAUAACCAUAAUUAAGAAUACAACUCCAUGACCCGAAAUUAAUCAGUGAACUAGAAAGAAGACUGAAUUGCAAUGGUGGAAAACCAAACAAUCCAACUGUACGAACUUCACACUCAAUGUAAGAAUCAAGCACAAGGACUUUACCCUUCUUCCUAACCUAGAAGAAGCUUGACAUGCUAAAUAACAGUACACGACAAUGAAACCGAGAAACCUCCUCUGAAUAUGUAACUUUUCAGCGGGUUUCCGCUUGGUGAAUCCCCACUUAAUUUCAGGUCACAUACCGCUAUAGCAAGUAGGAUUCACAAAUCAUAACUUCAAUCCAUCAAUACAAACCUAUCAAUUCUAUAUAUAACAUUCAUGUAAUAGGCUGCUCAACGAAUUACGAAAUCCACAGCCUAAAUUAAAACGAGAAGGAAAAUGCCCUCUCGUUCAGUAGUGAUGAAAAUAUCUGUACCGAGAGAGUGUGAGAGACAGCCGGACGGCAAACAAAGGACGGUGAACAGAGAACGCCAGGAGAAAAGAUUAGCCGAAACUGCGGCCAGGGUUUAAUACGCGACGGGCGAGUUGGAACUUUGGAGACAACGUAUGCAGGAGGAAGAAGGAGGGGAGUAGGGGUAGGCGUUCGGUAGGUUCGGUUUGAACCGAACCGAAAUGACACAUACCGAUUUUUUGAUGUUCCCCACAUCCAGACCGAAUUCGAACCGAGCUAUAAUUCUAUACGGUUCGAACGAACCGAAUUAUAGCUCGAUUCGGUUCAGUUUCCUUCUAAGAACCAAAAUUGCAACCUGCUUCCCUCCCGUAGGGGUGGUAUUCGGUCGGUUACCGGUUAACCGGUAACCGACUAUCCUGUUAACCGGUAACCGACUAUCCGGUUAACGGUAUACCAACAGCGACAAAAUGAAGUUCGACAACCGAUACCGGUUUUUAACCGGAUAACCGGAUAGACGGUUAUCGGUUACCAACCGGUUAUACCGACUACCGCCAACCUCAAUCGACCCACCUUAGCUCUUUCUCAUUCUUCCCCCAACCGACCCCUCUCUCUCUAUUUCUCUCUUGAUUUCCCCCGAUUCUCCUCUCUCUCUCUCUCAAUCUCAUUCCCAAUCCUCCCCAAUCGACAUAUCUCCCGAUCUCCUCUUCCAACCCUCCUCUCUUUCUCGAUCUCCUCUUCCCAAACCUCUUCUUUCAGUAAUCGCCGCUAGCAGAUCUCCGCCGCUCACCACCAUUCCAUCCUCCAGGCCAGCCGACCACCAAACGCUGCACGGCGUUUUCUCUCCGCCACUCACCGCCGCUAGCCCGCCAAGUUUCUCUCUGCCAGAAACCGCGAUGCUCUCUGAAUCGGCGGUGGGCCUUCGACAAGCGACUGACGGCUGCUCCUCUCUCUGGUGGACUCUUCGACAAGCAGCCAAAAACUAUGUUUUGUCUUCCUCCUUCAAACCCAAUUCCAUCUUUGUAAUCAAUUCCAAGGAAGCCUCCUUGUCCUUGGUUACGAAUACUUCCUAGGUAGCUCUCCAGAUCUCUCUUCCCUCCCACCUAUAUUCCCUUUCUCUUCAAUUUUGUAAUUUUUUAUUUACUCAGAACUCCUCACGAUUCUUGGCUUUGUAUUGAUGUUGCAUGCAUACCAGACCAAGGGAUUCUUUGUUUAUACUGUCUAUUGCUCAUUACUACCGGUUUCUCAACCGCCGGAGGAAAGUGUCGCCGCUAUGGAAGUUGAUCCAGGGAGGCAGUUUGGCCGGAGAAGGAGGAGAAUCAUUGAUUCCGAAGAGGUGGAGGGAGGUUUGGGAAAUCCAGUGGGAAAACGGGUGGAAGUAAUCUCAGGAGAGGAAGGCGGAUAUGAGGAGCCGGAAGAAACAGAGGAAGUCGAGAAGAGGCAGGGAAGAUGAAUAUGAUUUCGGUUAUUCGGUAAUACCGAUUUACCGCCGGUUACUUACCGAGUGGGGGUCGGUAUACCGACUGAUGAAUUUUCACCACCGAAUACCGGUACCGCCGGUUAACGAUUUACCGGUAACCGCCGGUUAUCGUUACGGUAACUGGUUAAACCGUUAACCGGCUAACCGUUUACCAGCCCUACCCUCCCGAGUGUCGUUCCAUUUUGGAUGCUUCUGCUGCCUUUUGGAAUUUGGACCAUAGGGGAUAGGGGGCUGCUGUAUUUUCACUAUUUUGGCUUCUCAUUUGAGUAGUUUACCACCUAACAUUUCAAUUUUAUAGACCAAAUACAAUUAAUUAAGACAAGCAUUCAAA